UAUGGUUUUUAUCAUAGUAGUUUUACAAUGUAAACAAUUAAUCUUAGUUGUUGAUACAUAUACUUAUGAUAAUAUGUCAUUAAAUCAUUGAACUGUUAAUAAUAUACAUUAUAUAUUAUACUUUUAAAAAAUAAGCAUAGUUGAGAUAAUAAUAUAAUUUAAAUUAUAUAAAGUAAUUCAAUUUCCAUCCAUAACUUCAAUGGGCUAAUGUUUCUGGAAGUCACUAUACACAUGUUGGAAACUUUUCACAACAAGCGAUUAGUUUAAUAGCUUAUUAUUUUUAAUGGUAACAGAAAUUUCAGAGAACUGAUUGACGUAUUUUGUACGUUCUACUUUAAUUUAAUUUUUUCAUUAAGACAAAAUAACAGACAUGGAUAAAGAUGAAAUUAUCUGUAUUUCAUCGGAUGAUGAUGAAAAAAUAGAACAGAACAAAGCUAAUAAUAAAGAAACAUCGGUAAUCAAACAGUUAAAGGACAGUUCUAUAAAAAUGGAACCAUCCUUAAGUCAAAAUGAAAGUGUAGAAACUGCUAGGAAGAAAAGAAAAAUUUCUGAAGUAAUCAGUGAAAAUAAUACUUGUUCUAAAAACAAAACAAAAGUGGUUGUGUGCGAAAAAAACAGUAUUCCUAUAUGUGACCCAACAAACAGUUCUGACGAACUACCAACUGUACAGAAAAAUGAUGAAGAUAAAACAUUAUUAAAACCAAAGUUAGUUGUAAAAGAGAAAAAAACUAUUUUCUUAGUUGAACAGGAUAUAUUUCCUAUGUUCAUAAGUUUAUGUUUGCAAAAAGAUCAUUCUGAGGAUAUGAAAACUGUUGUUAAUAAAUUGAAAAGGCGUUAUGAGCAAUUGGAUCCUUCAUAUGCUAAUUCUGAAACUUUUGCCAAUUUUUUAAAUGAAAAGAGAAAUGACAUUAUGCUUAGCAAAAACAAGUUAUACAUACAUAUUGCUGAGGUAAUGAAUGAAAUGAAAAAUAACCGUAAAGAAAAUUCAUUAACAUCAUUAAAUGGCUUAGAAUGUGCUGUUAAUACUGAUGAGUUGAGUGUAGAUAAAAAUUCAACUAAUUCAUUGUGUUCAGAUAUGACAUCUACCAAUAACACUGUAGCUAAAGAUAGUGAAAAAAAAUCAGUUGUUGAUAAUAAACAAGAAAAACAUGAUGGUUCACAAAGAAAAAUUAGAUUAAUAUUAAAAGCAAUGAGAAAAUGUGAAAAGUAUAUUAAAAGAUUAGAAGAAUCGGAAGUAGAUUUUGACAAUGAAAAUAACAGCAACUAUAUUAAAUUAGAGAAGUUUAAACAUCGAAUGGUGGAACUUUAUAAUAAAUAUUGUGAAUAUGUUGGAGAAAGUACUGAUGCAGGACGACAGUACUUACGGCCAAAGCACUUUAAUACAACUGGAAUUGUUUUUGUAGAUCAAGCUAUCACAAGUUUUAUUAAUUCUAAACUAUCCAAGAGAAAUAAAUUAAAGAAAAUCGGUGCUUUUACAAAUGCAUUAAUUUUCCCGGAUUAUAGAGAUAUUUUAGAAUGUGUUAUAAAGUGCAAUGAAUUACAUAAUUUAGGUUUGGAUAAUAAAAAACAGCAACAGAUUGCAAAAAAAGCAUUCACUGAAUUGGGGGAAUAUUUACAACGCUGCCGGCGUAAUGAUUAUUGGGAUACAUUUUCCCUGUCUCUUGAAAACAAAGAAGAUGAUCCUGCUUUAAAGGAUUCACAGUUAGCUGAAAAACUGAGGCAGAAUAAACAAGAGGGUGAAAAGAGAUUGGCAAAUGUAUUUCAGGAGUAUGCGAAGAAACAAGAAGAGAUGAAGGAGCAACCUUAUACCACUGGGACAUCAACAGAAAACGAAGAAAAUGAAGAGGAUUACACAGAGAAUGAAGAUGAAGAAAUUGAUAAUGAAAUCGAUAACAUUAAUGAGGAUGGUGCAAGUGUGAGUGCCACUGAAAAUAAAGGUAGUACAGAUGAGGAUGAAAAUGGUACAGAUGGAAGUGAAACACCUGUAAGUAAAAUGGAUAUUAAUAUUAAAUCUAGUGUAAAUGAUGUUCAGUCUGCUAUAGAAAUAAAAGAAAAACACCAAACAGAGACUAAUAACAAAUUAAAAAACGUUGUUAACGAUUUAAAAUUAAAAGGAGUUGAUAGUGAUGUAAAUAUUUCUAAAUCAGAACACACACAGUUAAUAAAAAAAAACGAAACAACAUUGUUGCCUGAUACAGUGCCACGUGAUUUAAAUACUUCUCCUAGUGUAAUAUCAUUAACUACAUCGGAAAAUAAAAUUCUUAUUGAGAAAACAAAAGAGGAUGAAUCUGAUAUUAUAAGUGAAAAAUUAAUAAAUGAACAGCCAUUGGAGGAGGAAAAACCAUUGUUGCGAGUACGCUCUUUUGCUAAGCUUCCUGGGACAUGGAAAGAUAUUCAAGAAAAAGUAGGACAAGUAGAGAAAAAUAAUGAUAUUAUAGAUCUUACUCAAGAAUCAUCAAAACAAAAUUCGACUGCUCAUCAGCAAGCAAGUAUUCAAAGUAAAAAUAAGGUACUUCCUAAUGUGAAAGAUAAACGCAAAAUGUUGGUAAUACCAACAGGUAAAAAUAUAAUUAAAGUAAAAAACAUUACAAACAAUUAUGUGAGAAUGGGUUCUAAAGACUCGGUGGAUUUAAGUAAUACAGCAAAAUUACAACGUGAAAUCGUGACAUCUUCCUACCAAAUGGUAGAUAAUAGUGGAGGUUCCACAACUAUCCGACUACCAUCUAAUCAACAUUUUGAUCAGAAAACUAAUGAUAAUGAUCAAGUAAAAAGUUCACAAACAAAAAAGAACAAUAUUAUUGUACAAGUACCUCAGUCUGCUCAAAUUGUAUUAUUACUUGCAAAACAAAAAGAAAAAUCUUUGCAACAGUCAAAAACAGACGUAUCUAUGUCUCAAUCUAAAUGACAGAAACAAAAGCUGGAAGUGAUUCAUCUUGAUCAUUGUUAUGUAAAGUUAUUA